AUGUCUCUCACUCUCAAGCUCUCCUCGCUCGUCAUUCGGACUCUAUCAAAGCCUAUCGCAAACCAAAUAAAAAGCCAGGCCCGCGAACAUGAGCGCUUUCGCAAGGCGUGCGUGUCCAUGGCACAGACGCUGCACCGCAUCGACAUGCGCCUGCGACUCGGGCUUCUCCGAGACACUUCCGCGAUAGAACAACAAGCUGCAAAGGAGGCAGCCGAGGCCGAAGCACGCAAAUUCAAGCCGAAAGCACCGACAGUAAAAACUGAGGCAGACCUGAAAGCAGAGGCCGAGGCGAUCCAGCAAGCCAAGCAAAAAGCAAUUGAGCAUGCAAAGUCUAGGCCCCCGCCACGCAUCCGGCCGCUAUCCGAAUCCAAAGCAAUCGACUCGGGCGCCAAUUUCAUAAGCGAGACGUUUUUGUUCUUGGUGGCGGGUGGCUUGAUUGUCUUUGAAUCAUGGCGGUCACGACGCAAGGAGACGACCCGACGAGAAGACGUCCAGGAUCGAUUGAAUGAGCUGGAACAGUCUGAACGGGCCGCCCGAAGAGCGCUGGCUGUCCUGGAGACCGAGCUCUUGGAGCUUAAAGCACAACAGGGGAAGAAGCCGGCCAAGAGCAUCAAGCGGCUCUUACCUUCUGACGUAUGGGAAGUCGAAGAGCCGCAAGAAACAGACGCAAAGGAUGACAAAGACUGGAUGUCCCAGAUCUGGUCUUGGGUAUCCGGUUCCGAGCAGCCCACUCGGAAGAAGCAACCGAUCCAAGGAUCAGGGCAGGCGCUUGCGAGAGAAGAGUCCUCAUCUAAUGCAGCCCCUUCAAAUCAGUCUGUCAUUCUUAGUAGUCUCCCUCCAAAAGCAGAACCAUCGCCGAAGGAGUCAUGA